ACGCCCUUCAAUUCAGAAUGUCUGAGCAGCAGAGGAAGAGAGCAGCAAAGAAAGCCAUUACAGGGAACAUUUCCACUUUAAACGAUGCUCUCUCAUCAAAUGAGGCUGAUUUCCUUGCUGUAGUUAAUGCCUGUGUAGAAUGUGAAAUAGUUAACCAUGGGCAGCGGAGAGCCUUUCUUGAAUUGUGUGGGAAAACAUUACCGGCUAGAGUUCAAGAUUUUGUCACACAGAUCACUUCAGUGGUUGGGAUAUUACCAGAUUAUCUGGACGACUUUGUACUCAUACUGUUUAAUACUGAGUCUUUGCUUACUCAGAAUGCAGCCAAGGAAAUAGCUAAAAAAUAUGGAUAUAACUUGCCCAAAUACGAAUCCGCUGGUGGUUCAGUUGCUGACUCUGUUGGUCCGGCUCCCAAAUUGCUUAAGUAUGAGCCUGCUGGUGGCUCAGUUCCUACUGUUGUUUCUGACUCAGCAGUUGGUCCAUCUCCCAUUCAUACUACUAAUGCAGCAGGAAGUGCUCAAUCUUCAUCUCCACAACAAGAAAAAGAGGAAGUGACAUCUGAUGCAUGGGGUUUCGGAUCAAAAAAAGAGAAAAAGAACGAUGAAGAAAAAGCUGCAGAUGAUAUUGUGUACAAGUAUAAAGUCAAUGAGAAAGGAGAACGUGGAGUCGUGCUGAUUAUCAAUAACGUCUACUUUAAAGAGAAAGAUAAAGCUGAUCGUGAAUCAUCAAAUGAAGAUGCUAAAAGAUUAAAAGAAUUAUUCGAUGGUCUUCGCUAUCAAGUGAUAGUUCAGGAAGAUUUAGAAGCCGCUGAAAUAAAGACAAAAGUUAGUGCAAUUGCUGCUGGGGUAGUAACCAAGAAACACGAUAGUUUCAUAUGUUGCAUUCUGUCUCAUGGCAAUCCAAAGGGGAUUGAAGGAGUUGAUGGUGAGACUGCUACUGUGCCUGAAUUGGCUAAUAUUGUAAAUUCUAAGGAAUGUUCAGCACUUCAUGGAAAGCCCAAAAUAUUUUUCUUUCAAGCUUGUCGAGGAACUGAAGUACCAGAGCCUUCAACUGCUGAUUCAUCUGUGCCAUGGCCUCCAAAAGAAGAAGAGAUGGUUGCUGAUGGUAUUGCUCGAGCAUUACCACCAGAGGCUGAUUUCUUGUUUGGUUUUAGCACUUCUGAUGGUAACGUUGCUGCAAGAGGUGUCUACACUGGUUCACAAUAUAUAAAAGCAUUGUGUGAAUUUAUUUCCAAGCAUUCUUCAAGGCUUAGUCUUUAUGAGCUCUUACUUCUUGUUAAUUACAAAGUAUCAGAGAAUCCUAUUGAUUAUAAGAUGUCGUACAAGUAUCAUCAAAUGCCCGAGAUCAGAAGCACUUUGAGGGGAAAAUUUUACUUUAAAAAGUAACUUGAAUGUUUUAUGUUUUGUUAUUUUGCAGCUGAAAGAUUUUAGUGUGCAUUUUUUCAUUAUACUUUUGUAAUGCUACUCUUAAAUACUUUUUAGAGUAUAAUUUUUAUUUUUUUAUUGCUAUACAUUCCCUUCAAUGCUC